CCCAACUCAUAAAUCUCUAGAAAAUUUUAUUUUCACAAUAUUAUAUAAUAUAUGGCCACCCCCAAACCCCUAAUUAGAAUAGCCAAGAGGUGGCAGAAGGCGGCGGCCGCCACGCAGCGGCGGCGGCGGAUCUUGCUGCCGAGAACCAGAAAAAGCUCCUCCACGGCCACGGUGGCGGACAAGGGGCACUUCGUGGCGUACACGGUGGACCAAAAACGGUACGUUUUGCCAAUAGGGUAUCUGGGGAGCCACGUUUUCAGGGAGCUGUUGAAGAUGUCGGAGGAGGAAUUUGGGCUGCCGAGGGAUGGGCCGAUAACGCUGCCGUGUGAGGCGGCGUUUGUGGAAUAUGCCUUGUCUUUGAUCCGACGACAUGUCGACCGGGACGUGGAGAAGGCUCUGCUAUUGUCGCUUGCUCCUCCGCCGGCUACAUGCUCCUUUGGUUCUAGUGGUUUCUUCUCAGUGAUGGUUUGUGGGUUUUGAGUUUAGUGGGAUAAAAAACAAUAUAUAUAUAUAUAUAAACACGAUUUUGUAAACUAAUUUUUGUUCUUUGUUGUAAUUAAUCUUAAUUAUUUACUUCUUUAAUCAAAUCCAAUUGAGUUGUUGGUGAGAUAUUUAGGAUUUCUCAAACCAAUUCUGAUUAUCUAAUUUUUUUGUUUUUG